GGCAGAUGCAAACAGCUGCAGCCUGACGAUCUGUAAAGGAAAUUAAGUUAAGAACAAACAAAAAAAAAUCAUGGAUUUCAUUGGCACUCUUCUUUUAGUGAGCUUAGUCAUGAUUCUGUUAAUGUUAAUCAGGUGGAAGGAUACAGGCUAUAAGCUUCCUCCAGGACCCCCCGCUUUACCUUUAAUUGGCAAUAUUCUUACCCUGGACAGCCGGGCACCUUUUAAAACGUUCGUGAAGUUGAGUAAGACUUACGGGCCUGUUAUGACGGUGUACUUGGGAACCCAGAGAGCGCUGGUUUUGGUGGGCUAUGACGCAGUGAAGGAAGCACUGAUUGACAAUGCGGAUGAUUUCGUGGGCAGAGCUCCUGUUCCAUUUGUUCAAAAAGUUGUGAAAGGAUGCGGAAUUACUAUCAGUAACGGAGAACGUUGGCGGCAGCUCAGACGGUUCACGCUCACCACGCUGCGAGAUUUUGGAAUGGGGCGCAAGAGGAUGGAAGAGUGGAUACAGGAAGAGAGCAGACACCUGCUGGAUGCUGUCAGAGAAAAACAAACUGUUCCAUUCGACCCCAAGUUCUGCAUGGGAAGAGCUGUGGGCAAUGUGAUCUGUGCGCUGGUGUUUGGACAGCGCUUCAGUUAUGAAGAUGGCGACUUUCUCCGUCUGCUCCAUAUAAUUGCUGGAAUUCUGCGUUUUGGCAGCAGUAAAUGGGGACAGCUGUAUAACAUCUUCCCCUGGCUGAUGGAGCACCUCAUGACCAAGCAUGUCCAAGUUCUAAAUGAAGCUGAGGAACUAAAAUCCUUUAGUAAACAAAAAAUACAAAAACACAAGGAGAGUUUGGACCCUGACAACCCUCGAGACUUCAUCGACUGCUUCCUCAACCGACUCAACCAGGAGAAGGACAAUCCCAAUACUGAGUUUCACUAUGACAACAUGGUCGCCACUGUCCUUAAUUUAUUCCUGGCUGGGACUGAGACCACCAGCACCACUAUCGUUUAUGCUCUACUGUUACUAAUUAAGCACCCUGAAAUACAAGAAGAGAUGCAGAAAGAGAUUGAUAGUGUGAUUGGAAGAGAAAGAAGCCCUUCAAUGGAGGACAGGAAGUCCCUCCCCUUCACAGAUGCAGUGAUCCAUGAGGUGCAGCGUUAUUUGGAUCUUGUGCCUCUUAACGUUCCCCAUUUCGCCACACAUGACAUCACAUUCAGAGGCUACACAAUUCCUAAGGACACUGUGAUCUUCCCAUUACUCCACUCUGUUCUGAGGGAAGAUAAACACUGGGAAUCACCCUGGACGUUUAACCCUAAACAUUUCCUGGACGAAAACGGAAGCUUUAAGAAGAACCCUGCCUUCCUGGCCUUUUCUGCAGGUAAACGAUCCUGUGUUGGCGAAUCUCUGGCUCGUAUGGAGCUGUUCAUGUUUAUCGUGUCUCUGCUGCAGCAUUUCACCUUCAGCACCCCUGGAGGACCUGACAGCUUAGACCCAACUCCUGAAAUCAGCGGCUUUGCAAACCUGCCUCGCAAAUACGAGCUGAUUGCCACCCCGCGAUGAACGAGUUCUGUUAUAACAGCUUAUUAACAUUUACAUCUCGACAGUUAGCAGUACUGGUAACAUGAGCAGGUUAUAAUACUUAACAAUCACUGAUAUUACAGCAUAGGGCAGGUUUAUGAAGUUUGAUUUCUUUAUCCAUAUUGCAGAUGAUUAACAGAAGCAGGUAAAAUAUUAACAUAUUCAUUAGUACUUGGUUUCUUUGUCUUAUCAUUUGCUUUUUGUUUGUAUUUUAGGAAUUUCUUACAGUCUAGGCAGAAAUGCAGAAUGACAAAUGACAAAGCCAUGGCACAGAUAUUAAAUAUUGAAGAUGUUCAUCCAGUUUUAUCCAGUAUUAAGCUGGAAUCGGGCUAAAAGGCAUAAAACCUUCUAAAAUUACUCAGAAGUUAAUGCAGGGGUGUCCAGACUCUUUUGUAAUAAAACAAAUAAAAUAAAAUAGACCUACCUGAUUACUAACAAUUACACAACUAUUUUAUUUGAGUGACUAAUGAUCUAUCCUUAUCCUCUAUGACAGUGUUGUGUAAAAGACCAGUUUAUAAUCCUAAUGGUACGAUUAUUAUACUUAUUUAAAGUAAACAUACCCACUUCCCUCUGAACUUAGUGAAAAAAUAUUAACUCUGCCAUGUUUAAACAGUCCAAGCUCCUUUCUUAAACCUGCUUAAUAAUGGACCAAGUUUAAUUUUACAGUAGUACCUUGAAACUCAACAUCACUUGGUUCUGGGAGUGGCAUUGAGUUUAAAGGUAUUUUUUCCCAUAACGAUGUAUGAGAAACCUGUUAAUGCAUUCCAUGGUUCCGUAACUGCAUAUAUUUUAGGCUAAUGUAAAAAAAAAUAGGGUUGUUUUUGACAAUUAUGCACUGAAAAUAACACAAAGAUAAUAUAAAAACACGGAAAUACAUUGAAAACACUUAAAAUCAAUGAAAAAUACAAGAAAAGCUGCACCAUUACUUCUUUAUUGUUUCCUUAUGCUUCUUAAUCGUGGGGAUGCUUGAUCAUGGAAUACCAUAUUCCAUUCAGUAAUGGUGCAUUCACAUGAAAAGUGGCAAAAUCUCUUUUGUGCUGGCUCAAACAUGUUGAAUUUAAGGGUACAAAUUUCUCGACGAGUUUCAAGGAUUUUGAGUUUAGGGGACGUUGCGUUACAAGGUACCACUGUAACUUUAAACAUGGUAGUUUGGACUUCCCUGAGUUAAAGUUUCCCAUGAGGAAGUUUCUUGUAGUUAAAUAUUGUAAUUAUAAACAGUGUGGGCUGAUUAAUAAUAAUGACCUGAAUGACUAAAAGUCCUUAAGUCUUUUAAUUCUGAUGUUUUGUCCAUAUUUUUUUUAUUUUACCUGCCUCUGUUCAAAGUGCCAUGUACUUUUCUUGCUAUCUCAAUCAAUCAACCAAUCAGUCAUGAAAUUCAAAGCUACUUCAUUUAGCUGAUUUCAGCUAACCAUAUCAACCAUAUGAAAUUGAAUUUCCCUUAUAUUGAACCUUACCGUCGAAGUCUAGCAGCUACCUUUUCUCACUACCUUACAUCUUGACAGAAAGCAGAAUACUUAAAGUAUUAGUCUAAAAAUAAUGACAGUGCUCUUGUAGGGAUUUAGGACUCCACCAAACUACAGUGAGAGUCAUUAUCCCUAAAGGAAGGGAAUUUGGUACAAUAAUAAUUUUUUUUUACUUUUUGUUUCUGUUGUUUCUGCUGCUUUGCUUGAUUUCUUGUGUUUAUGAUUGUAAUGACGUCUUGUUCACCUUGUCUGUGAACCGACCAUAAUUUUUAUAUAAAGUUGAAUAAAUAAUGUGUGUUUACAUUCAA